UUCCUUUUUGGUCUUUUUUAAACUUGGUCACUCUGUCCUUCCUUUUUUCCAUCUCCUUCAUCUUUUGCAUGGAUAGCUAUUCCCUCCUCUACAGUUCUACCUAUAGAACUGGACUCCUCUGUGGCUUCCAGCGCCUGCGCUCUCAGAAGAAGAUGUGUGAUAUUGUCCUUGAGGCUGGCGGGGUUUCUUUCCCGUGUCAUCGUGCCUUUUUAGCCAGCUCCAGCGACUAUUUCUGGGCCCUAUUUGGGGAGACUACUGUAGAGCGAUUAGCAAGCUCCAUUAGCCUCCCAGCGCUGACACCUGAGGGAUUAGAAGCCAUUCUGGACUUCCUGUAUUCAGGCUGGCUCAGCAUCUCACCAUCCACACUGCCUGCUGUUCUUGAAGCCGCCAGGUAUCUGCAGGUGGAGACUGCUUUGUCAAUAUGUGAGCGAUUUAUGACCGAUGAUUUAAAUGCUGAGAACUGCUGCUGCUAUGCUAACCUGGCUGAGCGCCAUGCCCUCUUAAAUGCGUUCGAAAGUGCUAACCGAACCAUUGCCAUGGAGAUGAAGCGUUUGCUACAGAAAAGCAAGGUUGAUCUUCUAGGGUUGAAUAUCCAAUCUCUGAUGGCAGUUCUUGAUGCAGAUGAGAUACCUGGCAUCAAGGAGGUGGAGCUUGUAAUGCUGACUCUGGAAUGGUUGGAUGAGAAUGGGCCCCUCCCACUCCUCAAAUCAAAUCUUCUGUUGAGUCAUUUGCGCUUCGGAUUGGUCGCCGCUUCUGACCUCAUUAACCUCUGUCAUGCCCACAGAGCCAUGAGCACACCUUUAAUUAGAAGUCAGCUGACUCGAGCGAUGGAGUACCACAGACUGGGUUCAGCUCAGCCAAUCACACAGAGCAGGCAGUCGACUCUCCGAGCAUCGCCCAAUUGUGCGCUUCUUGUGGGUGGUGGGCCCAGUGCUGAAUGGCCAGAACAGGAAGUGUUGGCCUUUGAUCCAAGAAGUAGGAAGUUUUCAACAACAAGUUGUGUUCUACCUCGACGAUUGAGGAAUUCCUGUGUGUGCUCAGUGGGAGGUUUUCUUUUUGUGAUUGGGGGAGAAGAAGUAAAACAGGGAGACGAAGAUGAGAAGAAGUCUGUCAUCAUGGCAACAUCCAGCCAAGUGUGGAGGUACGAUCCUCGAUUUGGUUACUGGAAGCAGGUGGAGUUCAUGCAGGAGAGGCGGGCAAAGUUCACCUGUUGUGUGGUGGAGGAUGUUAUUUAUGCCAUCGGGGGACAACGCUCACAUCUCAACUCAGACACACAACAGUCUCUUGCUUCUGUUGAGUUUUAUGACAUGGCAACAGGCGCGUGGAGGAGAGGAGCAACAAUGCCUCGCCCUCUUCAUGGCCAUGCUUCUGCUGUGCUUAACAACACCAUCUAUGUAUCAGGUGGACUUCCUGGCAGCCAGGGCAACAUUCAUGGCAGUAACCAAGGUGAAAACCAGGAUGAAAAUAGGGAAAUGAGCAGAGACUUCAUGUUCUGGGAUCUCAAAAGUAGAGUUUGGGAAAAGAGGGCCUCCAUGUCCAUUGGCAGGUUCAGUCAUCGAUUGGCAACUUCCCAUGGAUACAUCUAUGCCUUGUUGGGAAUGUACGAACCUUUCUGUGACAUUGAACGGUAUGAUCCACUGUCAGACCAUUGGACACGCCUUAAACCCCUUGUCACUGGUUCCUCCAACUAUGGAAUGGUAUCCUUGCCUUCUGGGAAUCUGCUAGUAUUCGGAGGGAGAAGAUGGAGUGAUGGACAGGAGGUGAUUGUGAAGAGUGUGCUGGAGUAUGAUACAAAGAAAGAUAGCUGGAGAGAAAUUUGCAAGCUUCCUAGACCUCUUACUGGGAUUGAGUGCACAUUGUUGCCUCUGCCAGAGUAAAAGUAUGAACCAUUAAUGACAACUAUAACCUAAUUUAAGUGACCCCAACAUAGUAUCAAAAAUAUCAAGACAAACUUUUAAAAAGGAACAAAAACUUGACACUUAAUUUUCAGGCUGAUCAAAAUUUCAGCUUUAUGUUACUCAAAUAUAAUGAAGAAAACAAUCUUGGCAGCUGAAAGUGCUGCAGUAUUUGAUGGAAACUGGGCUUUCAGAGAUUAAAUAUUAACCUCCACUUUCAACACCUUUACUUCUCACCUCGAAAUAUAAUUCAAGCUUUCUCAAAUCCGGUUUCACUGGCAACCGUACAGUAUUUUAAGAUAUUUUGGAAUAUAUAUUUAUAAGACUAAAUAAAGAAGACAAGGAAAUAGCAAACUUAGUAUAAAGCUCAAUUUCUAAGUUAAUUUUAAGGGACCUUUUGGAAGUGUUAAAGUUCAUGUCAAGCAUGCUCAAAACUUUAAAGAAUGUGGUAAAACUUAGAAAAUCUAUUUGAAGAUGGUUUCUUUAAGACAAUAAUGUAGGCUUCAGACAGAUCCAAUUUCCCUUUCUCUUCUUUUAUUCCUAGCAAGGAGCUAUAAAAAUAACUUCAUACAGUCAUCUAUUACACGCACAGCUUGCUUACAAAGUACAGCUCACAAGCAGUGGCUGCUAUAAUCUCAGCAAUCUUUCAGAAAUUAGCCAAUGAGAGGACACUAGAUUUUUGGGGUGGAACUUACCGAGAUAGUAUUACUGUUUUUUACACUGAAGUAUCACUAUGAAGCUGCAUAAAGGGGCAAAGUUAAGCCAUAAGAAAAUUUUAAACAAUAAAAAAACUAUAAAAGAAAUAAAAUAAAGAAAUAAAAAUAAAUGAAUAACUUGAAAUGGAAACUGUGAAGUAGAAAAAUACGGCUUCCGCUAGUGAAGACACAUAAUAAUUAGGAACAAAAGGCUCUUUUUUUCUGAAUAAACACGAGCAAACAAACAUCAAAACAAACAAAAAUGCUGCUCUGUUUUUACCAGAUAAUGUGCGCUAAUCCUAUCUCAUUCAUUGCCAUAAAAAAUGUUACUAUUGGUGUAGCUAAGAUUUUUUAAAACACAUACUUUUUAGUCUGCAGAGGUUUUAUUGAGACAAUCCAGUAAUGACUAAUUAAUAAUGCAGACACACAGAGCACAUUAUCUUGUAAAAAAAAAUCACAGCAGCUUUUGUUUUACUUUUUAAUUAUCUUGUUAAUUCAAAAAAACAUGGCUUUAUUUUUUAAGUAAAUGCAACACAGUUCCACAUAAUGGCA